UGCUCACCCAGGAAUCCUCUCAUUUCUCUAGAUGAUGUCAGUCGCUCGUCAAGAAGUCCUUGGCCUUUACCGCAAGAUAUUCCAAAUAGCCAAAACAUGGCAGUCAGCAUCUGGACAGAUGGAAGAGACUGUGAAAGAAAAGCAGUAUAUUAUCAGUGAAGCUAAAACAUUGUUCCAGAAGAAUAGAAAUCUAACAGAUCCUGAGCUGAUUAAACAAUGCAUCGAAGAGUGCAAGGCAAGAAUAGAGCUAGGACUUCACUAUCACAACCCCUAUCCAAGGCCUAUUCAUCUGCCACCCAUGGGCCUCGCACUGCAACAAGGCCGUGGGUUUCGACACCAGGAGAAGCUGAGGAAGAUCUCUAAGCCGGUUUACUUAAAAUCCCAUGAUGAAAUUUCAUAGCCCCAGAUCAAGCUGUAGUUGAUAUCCUCCAAGACUACCUGGCAGAUGCAUUCCACGUGACUACAGGUGAAAAUGAAAUUGGUGUGGCUACCGCUUGGUGACCUUUUUUUCAAGAUCGGGAACCCACUUGGUCCCAAGGAGAGAUGAUAAGGAUAAGGUGGAAC